UUGGGGGAUGCACCUUCCUAGUCCCGUCUCCAGUAAAAGACUUCCUUCCAGAUUUUCUUCAUGGCAAGGUAAAAAAGGAAGACUAGUUCUUGGCCAAGCCACCCUCCUCCCACAGUUAUGUCCUGGGUGGGAGUUAGGGCCGCUAGUUUGAAUGCGUUCCCUCCCAUCUAGUAGGAUAAGGAACACACUUUGCCUGAUUGGUCAAAAGGUGAGAGGUGGGGGUGGGGGAGUUGCCCAAAUUAUGGGACAUACUACUCUUAAGGUGGAAGGGUGUUCUGGGCUGCAAUUAUAAGCUUCAAAAUACGUUUGCCAGAAGUAGCCGCUAGCUGCACAUUGAAGCUAACAUCCUUUCCUAGCAAGCGCCGGCCUCCAACCAGCAUAUUAAGCUCAAUAAAGAGAAGCCUUCUAGAUAGUGAACUUCUCUGGUCGUUAAGAGCAGGAAGCAUAGACGCAUAUUGGAAAGAGGGCCGAGUGGUUCCAUGGUUCCAGUAGAAAAUAAACCCAUGGGCAAAAAGUCUUCCUUCAGGAGCCUCGGCUCUCUUGGAGGAAAGGCAAGGCAAGUAGCGUAUUUCCUUUGCUUUUAUGAGGAAAACGCUGCCUUGGAACUCGCCUUUACUAGGGGAAUUGGAAAGGUUUCUGUUUUUGUAUCUAUUCUCCCUUUGACGAAAACUUGCCCUGGAUUGGGGGAGUGGAGACAGCAGAGGGUGCGAGGAGCUAGAGAAAAUGGAGGCAGGAGCCGCCUUCAGAGAGCCGUGGUCAUGGAAGUGCGGAAGGACAUUAACAUUAAGAAAUCCAUGCUUCUCUGACCCUUCCAUGCAGUCCCGACACACAGGUUUGACCAGAGGCCCCCGGCCCCCGGGGGAGAAAGCCCUAGGUCCGGUCGCGCCUCGUCCCUCCUCUCUCAAGUGCCAGCGGCUCCUUUAAUGGGCGGGGCCGGAACACGCGGCGAGUCCCUCGCUUUAUACGUGUCGGGGGGCGGAGCUUCCAGACGGCCCUAGCAGCAUGGCCGCCGGCGCCGCAGCCGCUUUAGCGUUCCUGAGUCAGGAGAGCCGAGUCCGGGCCGGGGGGGUCGGGGGUCUGCGGGUCCCGGCUCCGGUCACUAUGGACAGUUUUUUCUUCGGCUGUGAGCUCUCCGGCCACACCCGCUCUUUCACCUUCAAGGUAGAGGAAGAGGAUGAAUCGGAGCAUGUGCUGGCGUUGACCAUGCUCUGCCUCACCGAGGGGGCCAAAGAUGAGUGUAAUGUGGUAGAAGUCGUGGCCAGGAAUCAUGACCAUCAGGAGAUUGCAGUCCCUGUGGCCAAUCUCAAGUUGUCCUGCCAACCCAUGCUCAGUUUGGAUGACUUCCAGCUCCAGCCACCUGUAACCUUCCGCCUGAAGUCAGGUUCUGGCCCUGUGCGCAUCACUGGGAGGCACCAGAUUGUUACUAUAAGCAAUGACGUUUCUGAGGAAGAAGAGAGUGAAGAAGGGAGUGAGGAGGAGGAAGCUGAGUUGUGCCCCAUCCUACCUGCCAAGAAGCAGAGGGGCAGGCCCUAGCCUUGGUCAGCUAGCUGCCUGCUACGUGUGCCAUGCACUAUGUUCCUGUACAAGUUUCAAGAAAUUUAAAUGUGUCUUCUCCGUUGAAGAGGAGGGAUGGAUG